GUCAUCUAUGGCAUACACUGCAGCUAGCGCCGGUCCAUCGACGUCAGGUCCUACCGAUGCUUCACGCACAAUAGUUAUCGAGGACGCGCAACCUCGGCCAGAGGAUGGUGCGCGGGACGCUUCGAGCGUUGACGGCGAGGUCGUCGGCACACUUCGCCUGCGUGCUGCUGGACGACCUGAUAGGCCUCGGGUUGCGUGGGCGGAGGAGGUGGUUGACAACGAAGGGAUGGGGAAGAAGAAGUCAAAGAUAUGUUGCAUAUACCACAAACCAAGGAGGUUUGAUGAAUCGUCCUCCGAAGAGGACUCAUCGGACUCCGACUCGGGUUCAGAUGGAGGAGCAAAACCAAGCAACUACCGACGACGACGACGGAAUCGGCACCAUCAUAAUCAUGACCUCCCCCAUGACGAAGACUGCAACCACGGACACCAUGGCGGGGACCAGCUGACUCAUGGUGGCCCAAGCUCCCAGGCCGUAGUCCACGAACUUGCCGUCGAUCCGGAGCCGAAUGCAUACGAGAGAGGUCCUUCCGCGGGCAAAGGGAAGAUGAAGGCUCAUGCCGACCACGAUUAGCAAGAAAUUUGCGUUUCCUUAUAUGUAUCAGUACCAUGCAGUCCGCACAUGUUGCCGACAGGGCCACGUCGCCCUUCUCGGGGCAGACGACAUGAAAGAUCUUACAAGUGGAAGGCAUCAGCCCAGCGGUUUCGGUAAACAUCGAUGCCGUCCACCAGUAUGCAGUGCCGAGGACUUCGACGACCGACCCACGACGACCUCGUUCGUGACGACGCAGAUUUAUGAACGGAGCCAUAUUUUCUGUGUGGAUUACGAGGCUGCUUGUACGCAAACGUGGAAGUGCGGGACAC